CAUUUGCUAUUCUUAAAACUUGACUGUGAGGAGCAGAUCUCUAUUCUCCCUCUGCUUCUUGUCUCCUGCCUGCAGCUCUGUCUGCUGAAAUGUUUUUUGUUCUUUGUUGCAUCAAGCCUUCAUGUAAGUGAACAGACUACAGAGAGCGAGAAAAUAUUUUGCUUCUGGUGAGGAGGACUGCUGUGAAUCAGUCAUGAAUUCCAGCCUCGUCAACUCUUUGGCCAAAGUCUACGAUCCAAACCCUCUUCAUGGUCAGAAGCCGGGCGGAAGGAAGCUCUCUUUUAAUGGCUCGGACAAGUCCUCAUCUCCUUCUUCUUCUCCAUCGGCUUCCCCCUCUCAUGACAUCGCCCUGCGCUGCAUGGAGAACCGAAUGGACUCCCUGACCUCCCAGAUGGAGCGCUUGCUCAACAUGCAGCAGAUCGUCCUGACCCGGCUGGACGGCUUGUCCCAGGACGUCAGGGGGAUGGGUCGGGAUCUGGCCUCCAUGCGCGAAGAAGGGCGACGUGGUUCCGGGGUGGAGGCGGCGUGCAGGGAGCUGUUUGGGGCCGUGGAGAGGGUCGGCGAGCGGGUGGAGAGUCAGGGGCGCAGGCUGGAUGGGGUGGAGAAGCUGGUGGAGGGCACCCAGCAGGUGAUCAGCUUCAUUGGGGGGGUGGUGAAGGGCUCCAGGCUGGUGGAGCUGCUGUUCAAACAGCCUGCUAACAAGGCUGGCAAGAAGGCAAAGGAUGAGAAGGAUAAAGCCAAACUGACCCUGAAGGGCUCGAAGGCCCAGAAGAAGAGGAAACCUCUGGACACAUCAGACGCGUCCUUGCUCAGUGAGCCCGAGCUGCAGGAGCAGGUGGAAAAGCUCAACAGGCAGAACACGGAGCAUUCCCAAUAUGGAAAAACAGAGUCCGACAUCCAGAGAGGAGAGGACAGAGGGAGUGGAGGGAGAGGACAGGAGCCGCUGGAGCUGAUCCUGGAUGGACCACAGACCUCCGCAGCCCAGGCAGAGAGGAAGACGUCCACUGAGGAGAAAGAGGGAGAGGAAGGUGAUGCCUCAGAGGAAGAGGAGGGAAAGGCAAACGAUUUAAGUCAGGAACAGGCUGGAAAAGUGGAAGAUGGAGGAAAGGAAGGAGAAGCAGAGGGGUCGUCGAAAUCAGAAACAGCCUCGAGUGUCAUCUCAGAUAUCUGCACGACCUCUCUUCUACCACAGGACAGCUCUGAGGAGCUCGGCGACGUGGCCACUUGCAGUAAACGUCGCGUCGCAGAGGAAGACCCGGUGAAAGACGACCUGAAGAAAAGCCGAGUGGAUGACAGUGAGGUCGGAAAAGCUGACGGACAGGUGGUGGAAGGGGGCGAGCAACAGGCCUCCAAAUCUGACGGAGUAACAACAGAGGAGGAGGAGGAGGAGGAGAGGAAGGAGGGAGAGUCGGAACCGAAGGAAUUCACAAUCGACUCGAGCCCUCCUCCUUUAGCACCUUUCGACCACCGCAUUGUGACUCCCAAACCUCAUCAGAUCGCCACCAUUUACACCAUCAACAGAGACGAGGUGCUGGGAGGGGGACGUUUUGGACAAGUCCACAAGUGCACAGAAAACUCGACUGGCAUGAUGUUGGCCGCCAAGAUCAUCAAAGCCAGGAGCCAGAAAGAGAAGGACGUUGUGAGGAAUGAGAUCCAGGUGAUGAACCAGCUGAACCACGCCAACCUCAUCCAGCUGUACGCCGCCUUUGAGUCACGCCAUGACAUCAUCCUGGUCAUGGAAUAUGUGGAGGGAGGGGAACUAUUCGACCGCAUCAUCGAUGAGAACUACAACCUGACGGAGCUGGACACGGUGCUGUUCAUCCGCCAGAUCUGUGAAGGGCUGCAGUACAUGCACAAGAUGUACAUCCUCCAUCUUGAUCUCAAGCCGGAGAACAUUCUUUGUGUCAGCCGAGCCACAAACAAGAUCAAAAUCAUCGACUUCGGCCUGGCCAGGAGGUACAAACCCCGGGAAAAGCUCAGGGUCAACUUUGGAACUCCUGAAUUUUUGGCCCCUGAAGUCAUCAACUACGAGUUUGUGUCAUUCCCCACGGACAUGUGGAGCCUCGGCGUCAUCACCUACAUGCUGCUCAGCGGCCUCUCUCCGUUUCUUGGCGAUGACGACAACGAGACGCUGAACAACAUCCUGGCCUGUCAGUGGAACUUUGAGGAGGAGGAGUUCACGGACAUCUCAGACGAGGCCAAAGACUUCAUCACCCGGCUGCUGGUGAAGAGCAAGAGCUGGAGGAUGAGUGCGGCAGAGUCCCUCAGACACCCCUGGCUGUCAGACCGGAGUCUGCACUAUCGGCUAAAUCAGAAGAAAAACAAGUGCCACUCCACACAUGCUCCUCCUCCAGAGAGCUCAACAGAAACACUGUGAGGCCCUCAGCAUGCCUUUAGACAAUGUAGGGCCCUGGGGCCCGACACUGGACCAAUGCUGCUGUACCCGUAUGGCUACUGGAAAUCAACUCUCUGCCUCGCAUCCUGGUGUUAGCUUAGCUCCGCAGCUUCAGCUCUGACCGUCAUCGUGUUAGGCCCGCAGAAGAUAAACAGACUUAAAAAAACAAACAAUCAGGCACAAGGAACCUUCCAGCGUUGUCACCGUCAUGCAGAGUGAAAAAACUCCACUCUGAACCUGGAGGACUCUUCAUAACUCUCAGAUGGUGCCGUUAGUGAGGUCAAAGAACCCGUCGUUCUGUAAUGUGGAAACCAAACUAGCAGAGACCGAAGGCCUGAACUGCUCCACAAAACUUCCACAUGUAUGCAUAAGAAGUUAAAGUCCCCGUGAAAUAAAAAUAAAAAACAU